GGAAUGGUAGGUGUCAUUUCUGAGGAUUGUGGUAGUCAGUUUGUUGGAACUCUUGUAUGUGUGUUUGUUGGAUUGAUGGGUAGGAUUCCCAUUGUUAAGAAGAGUAGUCGUAUAGCUGUUGAUCAAGGCAAAAGAAUGCUCUUAUCGCCUUUCUUUGAUAAAAAGGUCGCGGGUACUCAUAGACCGUCUCCAUGUAUUGCCUCAGCUCGAGGCGAUGCAUCAGUUGGCGUUCAGUCUGGGUUUCUCUGCCCUACUCUUACUCGGGAUAGAAAGUUGAUUGGGUGUGAACAGAUAACUCUCAUUCAGGAGGUUAGCAAGUCAGUUGUGUUCAAGAAACUACAUGCCAGCUCAAAGUUCUUUUCCGGUUCAUCAUCAUCAUCAUCAUCAUCAUCAUCAUCAUCAUCAUCAUCAUCGUCGUCGUCUGAUGAUGAUUCUUCCUAUCAUCAUCUUCGACAGCAUGAUCUUUGUUCUACGCUUGCUAGCACAACUUUCUACGUGCUUGAUGGGAUGAUCAUGAAACCAAUUCGAAAUGAAGAUACUAAUGAGCUUGAGGAAAUGACCACAACAGCAGCCGGUUGUCAUGGAGCUGCUAACAAUCUUGAGAGUAAAGAUAUUGUCGAGAAAGGAAGUCAAAUUUCGGUUUUGAGCAAGGGGUACAGAUACCAGGAUGUUUGUUCUACGCUUUCUAGCACAAUUCUUUGUGUGCUAGAUGGGAUGAUCAUGAAACCAAUUCGAAAUGAAGAUACUAACGAGCUUGAGGAAAUGACCACAACAGCAUCCGGUUGUCAUGGAGCUGCUAACAAUUUUGAGAGUACAGAUGUUGUCGAGAAAGGAAGUCAAAUUUCGAUUUUGAGCAAGGGGCACGUACAUCAGAUGAUUUCGCUAUUUGAGAGUAAACGAUCAAAUAUCGUUUUUGAGAAAGAAAGUGAAAAAUCUUUUUUCAGCAAGGGGCAAAAUUAUAUGGUGUGUAUGAACCCUCUAUUUCAGAAUGAACAAUCCAGUCUCGUUUUUGAGAGCAAUAGCAAGUCGGGGCCUAUUGGUAGUGAGAAUUCAACAAAUAUUGGUUUGAGGUGUAAACAAGAUAAAAAGGUUGUGGGUAUUCAUAGAGCGUCUCCGUAUAUUGCCCCAGCUCGAGGUGAUACAUCAUUUAUUGUUCAAUCAGGGUUUCUCCAACCUACUCUUACUCAGGAUGGGAAGUUGGUUGGAUGUGAGAAUCGACAGGGUAAAGAUAAGCGAUUAACUUCUGUCAAGGAGCGUACAAGGAAAUCGCACAAAGUUGACUUGACUAGGAAACAGGAAAUAAAUGCUGUGAACAUUCAUAGGAUUGUUCCUAAGGGUGGCAAGCCGAUUGAGUCUCAGAAAAGCAAGGGACAGAAAAAACAGUUAAAUUCUGUUAUGGAGCGUAGAACCAUAACUGGAUUGGUGCGGAAACAGCAUAAACAAGUAGUGGGUACCCAAAGAACCAUUACUGGUGUUGUCCCAGCUCAAGGACAUAUACCUGUUGUUCGAUCAGGGUUUGAACGACCAACUCUCAUUCAGAAAUAUAGCAGGUCGAUUGGGUCUGAGAAACUCCAGGGAUCAGAGAAACUAUUAAGUUCUGUUGCAGAGAGUAAAAAGAAGCCAGGGAUCAUCAACUCAAGCAGGAAAAAUCAUAUAAACGUUGUGAGUACGCGUAAAGGUCGUGUUGAUGAGAGGUCUUUUCAGUCAGUAUCCAAAACAAAACCAGGAAACAUCGAUCCAAGCAGGAAGAAUUUGAUGAAGGUUGUGAGUACGCGUAAAGAUUUGGUUGAUGAGAGGUUUCUUCAGUCGGUAUCCAGAAAGAAAGAAGGAAACAUUGACCCAAGCAGAAAAAGUGAUAUAAAGGUUGUCAGUACGCUUAAAGGUUUUGUUGAUGGGAGGUCUCUUCAGUCUGAAUCCAAACAGAAGAACGUUAAAACUGUUCCUCAGGUACCAUCUUAUAAAGGUGGCAAAAUCAGUUCUACCUCUGAGCUCAAACCUCAGUGGAAAUUCUAGAGUAAGACGGUGACCAUGAGCUACAAGUAAAGCCAUACAAUCUAUACAGCCAGGGAUGUUUCAGUACAUAAUUUUUUUUUAUAUUAAAUAGAUACUUGCUACUUUCUAGAAACUUACUUUUGUUCUUGUGUAUGUAGGUUAUGAAGAGUGCACACAACUCAACAAGUUAUCUCCAGUUUUUAAACAUGAGGCCAACUUUAAAUAUAGGUAAGCAGUUGCAAGGGUAAAGGUAUGUGAAAAUCGAAAAGACCAUUAAACACUGACUGCAUUGUUUUUAACGCAUGAAUUACGAUGGUAAAGGUAUGUCAAAACAGACUUCCACAUGUCCACACACCAUGAACCGCCCACUCCCCCCCUCCGAAAACUCCCACCCAUCAUAAC